AAAGUUUAGGUGACAAAUGAAUUCGUGUGUUUAGUGAUAUUUUGUAUUUUAAACAGUUAAUUCAAGAUUAUUCUUUCAAUAGUUUUGAUAUCUUGCACAAAGCUUAGUCUCCUUAAGUUUUUUUUAAUUACUAAAAUCAUCAAGAUAGCCAGACAAUGGACCUGCUUUAUACAACGCACCGGAAAAACAGCUCUGCUGGUCAUACCUUCCUUGAGACACAACAAAAUUUUGAAUUACUUUGUACAGCUUCGUCUUGCAAUGUGCUUGCGUUUACUACUGCCAAUGAGCUUACAGAGCAAUCUCCCAUCCAGAGCUGGGGAUUCCACAUCUAUGUGGUAGACCUAAAUACGCCCUGGUUCCCGUAUAAAGUGACAUCAAGCAAAUAUCCUGUAUCUACAUUGGAGUGGGACGUGCUGGGUCGAUUCCUGCUGGUUGGUGAUCGAAACGGAAAUGUACAAUUAUUCACACAGAAAGACAAUCUACUUUCGGAAUGGAAACCGUUAUACAGCGUCCGAUUCCCAGGAGAGAACAUUAUUGCCGCCUCAUUUUUCCACAACGGCCGUAAAAUGUCUCUGCAGACGGAUAAAAAGGAUCAGUAUUUGUACCUGGAAAAGUUUCACAAGCUGAAGUUUGCUGCUAGUGUUCGACAAUUUGGAGGAGUAUCGGUGGAAGGAGUAUUAGUGGUUUCCGCAACUGGAAUGCUUGGCGCUUUCAUUAUUCCUGCUGAAUCAAACGCUAGCAUUCAAAAAAUCCAGGAACCAACCAUGUUGAUUCCAGCAACGGAAAGCUUAGGAGUAACCAGGAAUUAUUACACUACAGCUAGCAUUUGCUAUGCGAGAAAUGGAAGCUUAAUGGUAGCCGUUGGAAACGGUGACACAAGGUCUGCCAAUUCUAGUAUGAUACAAUGCUUUCGUGUUGCAAUAAAAAAGAGUGCUGAAAAAUUGGAAAUAAAUAGCACUGCUUUGCCAAGCUUUUUCCUAGCGGAAGGCCUUGGCAAAGAUUUGAAGGAGUUGCGAGUAAUGCAUGUUAAAUGGGUCUUUACAGAAGAUGCGGAUUCGUUAAUUGUAGCAUCAAACCACGUUGGAGGAGGUUGCUUCGUAGAACAGUGGGAACUUACGGAAGAAUCGACACCAAUCCAUAAAUUGCUGCAAAGUAAUAAGAAUGAAGCAUUUAAAACGUUACUCUGGAUCAGCAAAAACCAAUACCGUUACAAUACGAGAGUGACCAAAGUCUGUACCACCAGGAUGAAUUUCUUGAACUGUUCUUUCAUAUAUUUGGCCAUGAGUGAUAGCAGUAUCCACUGUCUUCAGAAAGAUACCUUCAAACGCUUGACUUGUACUAACGUUGUCUCAAUCAGAGAUCCUAAUGAUCAUUCGAACAAGCAAGUGCGACCCGGAGUGAAAGUAGGGGCCAUUGACAUUACUUAUUUGGGACAUCUCUUCAUAACAUUGGACAGUUUUGGACAACUUUAUGUUUAUCGUUGCAAUUUUAUGUGCCAAGAUCAACUUGGAACGCCAGCACUGAUUGUGCAAACGGUUAAUCUCCUUGAAUACUGUUUAGUGACUGGCUUUGAUUGUUUGGACAUAUUGCUUACGUUGAAAAUCCAAAUUCUCGACAACGUCUUGGAACGGUUAACAGAAAGUUUCCACCGACAGCCUUCUAAUGUUCAACAGUAUUAUUAUGUGAAUUUUCUGACAAUGAAAAUAGCAUUAUACAGGCUCUCGAUUUCGGGACAACAAAAAGCCCACGAUUUAUCGAAUCUGCUAAUACUGCAUUCAAUUCUGAUCGCUUUCAAGAGUUUAUUGCGGCCGUCCGAUUUAACGUCUCAUGAAAAGGGUCCAGCUGAAAAUUUAGCAAUGGUUUUGUCAGAGUCCGUUCCAGACGUAGACAAAGUGCUGCUGAAUUUGGAGGCAAAGGAUUUUACAAUGGAGCGAUCGACUCUUCAAAGUUUGCAGCAACUAAUUCAGUGGGUAGCCGAUUUGGCGCUCAAUAUUUUAGCUAAAUUGCCGGAAAAUCGAGCUUUUAUGUCCAAAUCACAAGGGUAUGAUAUCAGUAAAGAUAUUGUGGCACUAAAUAGUAUCCGAGAGCUUUUGGUUAUGAUUCGUAUUUGGGGCCUACUGAAUCCGCAAUGCCUUCCAGUAUUUUCGCGUUCCGCAGAUAAUCUGGACAUUCUGCUGACCCUCUUUCGUUUGCUUACUAAACUAUCUCUUAACCCGAAUGAACCAGACGACUUACUGCUGGAUGAAUGUUGCUUACUGCCAAAUCAGGUUCUUAUUCCACAACUGCAAUUUGUUCCCUCGCGAACGAUGAUUGCUUCACCGUUGUUACCCCACAUUAGUUUGCCUGUGAUGUGCGAUUACGGCGUGGAAAACGAAGCACUCAAAUUCUGCCCGGAAGUGCCGAUUGUGGAAGGCGGUCUGUCCAAUGAUAACGUGAUAGAUUCCGUCAUGUAUCUGCAGUUAGGCAGGAGACCUCCAUCUCUACGGCGAUGCACACGCUGUGGAUCAUGCAGCAGCGUUAUAAGUGUGGCGAAAACGGCUGCUAUGAAAGCGUGGGAACAACGGUGGAUUGACAAGUGCCGAUGCAACGGUUUCUGGAGACUGGACGUGGCAUAGUUACUACAGUAGUGAAAAUAGCAACUACAAAAGUACUCUCUGGUCGUUGGUUUCAACGACGCAAUGGGAAUGGAAUAAAUGUACGUGUGUGUAGAUUAUAUUGAAUACGUAAUAAAAGUUUAUAUGCAU